CGUUACUUCGUUGUGCCGGCUUUCACGGAGGAGCAAAGACAAGUGCCAUUUGGACGAGUAAACCACAACAAGUAUAUGGUUACGGACAAAACACUCUACAUCGCAGUUAUUGUACAGGACAGGCUGAAAAGGACCACUGUCGUUUAUGCCAUGCAGCCGCAGAAGCUCGACGAAAGAAGUGCCUGGAUUCUCGCCUACUACUAA